AUGCCAUGGUCUCGAUUACAUAUCGAUUUUGCAGGCCCAAUAAAUGGAUAUUAUUACUUAAUAGUAGUGGACAGCUACACAAAAUGGCUUGAGGUCGUGAGGGGUAAACGACCAGCCUCAUAUACGGUAAGAAACUUAUUACACGAGUUGUUCGCAAGAUUUGGUGCACCGGAUAUAAUUGUCUGUGAUAACCGAAUACAGUUUGUAUCCUGUGAGUUUAAAAGAUUCUACGGGAUGUUCACAUUAGAACAUAAAACUAUAGCACCGUAUCACUCUAGAUCGAAUAGAAGGGCUGAACGGUUCGUGGACACUUUUAAGAGAGCUUUAAAGAAAGCUAAUAAGGAAGCCACGGACGAGGUCACGAUCCAACAAUUCUUAAGGGUAUACAAUGUAACUCCGAACCCAAAUGCGCCAGAAGGAAGUUCAGCAGAAUUAAUGUUUACGAGAAAGGUGAAGUCAGUAUUCCAUAAACUGUUACCGGUGAAGUGA